CAAGGACCUUCAACAAGAACCACAAAGAUGAUGCGUACAGAGACGAGGUUCGACCCAAAGCGCAAGAAGGUCGACUACAAAAAGACCCAAUUUGCAACAGCCUCCUACAAAGACCAAGGUUACCCGUUUCGCCUAUCUUUCUAUGAUGUCCCGCCAACUCAAGAAAUCAGUCUGGAGGAGUUUGAGACCUGGGCUAUUGAUAGACUGAGGAUUCUUGCCGAGAUCGAAGCAUGUUCUUUCAGAAACAAAUCUCCCCAAGAGACAGCUGCACACCUCGAGCCAUUGCUUAAGAAAUACCUCCCUCUCUCUUCCAACUCUUCUGCACCCGGUGGUGUCGUCGACCAACGCUUACGAAAUGAGCGACGCAAAGACCACUAUUCUCACUUCAUACUACGGUUGGCUUUUUCAGGCACGGAAGAUCUACGCAAACGUUUUGCCAGGGUAGAGACGAUGCUCUUCAAACUACGUUUUCAAGCAGAUGACAGCCGAGAGAGGAGAGCCUUUGUCGAGAGUUUGAACCUGAACUGGGAGCUGGUCCAACAAGAGGAGAAGCAACAACUUGGCGAACAGCUACUGUCGGCGACACCCGGUCUACGCAGACUUGAGGAUGAGAACUGGUUCAAAGUUGACUGGACACGGGUGCCGGAAUUGGUGGAGCAUCGGACCAUUCUCGUUAGGAAAGGCAAGGCAUAUGUUCCUAUGCGGGAACAAACCAGUAUGGUUUUGACAGAAUUUGCCAAUCGCCUCGAGAAAGGUCUCGAGAUGACCUCACGUGCUCUGCCACGUCUUGACGAAGAUGACCGCCUCACGCCUAUAUUGAACCACCUCUCCAAAAACUUUGCCACUCCUGAUGCCGGAUAUUCGGAAUCGGACUCAUCCCUUGCUGGCGCUCCUAUCACGGCAGCGAACAUUGACGGGCUGUCCCAACAUUUCCCUUUGUGCAUGAAACACCUUCAUUCCACUCUACGCAAGAACAGCCAUCUCAAGCACUUUGGACGAUUGCAGUAUUCUUUGUUCUUGAAAGGAAUUGGCCUCACGCUGGAGGACUGCUUGUUGUUCUGGCGACAGAGCUUCAAGCUGAUUACCGACGAUCAGUUCAACAAGGAAUAUCGAUACAACAUACGUCACGUGUACGGCGAUGUCGGUGGGGAUGUGAAUCGACGUGGCAGAGGAUACGCGCCAUACUCAUGCCAGAAGAUUCUGACGGAACAUCCACCCGGUACAGGCGAGGCACAUGGCUGCCCUUAUCGACAUUUCAGCGUUGACAAUCUCACGAGCAUGCUUCAAGCGACCGGUGUCCACGACCGAGACGUGUUGCGAGGGGUCAAGGAAGAUGUAGAGAAGAAGAGGUAUCACAUUGCUUGCAACAGAGUGUUUGACUGGGCUCACAAGGCCGAGAUCAAGAAAGUCAAGGACGAAGGGAUCUGGGGUCCAGCCGAAUUGGAGACCAUUGUUCACCCCAACACAUACUUUAAGAGGUCAUAUCUGUUGAAGAAUCUGGGCUCGUUACCCCAGCAGGAUGUGAAAAUGGAGGAAUGAUUUGUUCUGAUUUGUGUAAUGACUAGGUAGGCAUUGGCGUUGGCAUUGGAAUUGGGAAAUGGGUUUUCAAGCCGGGUACUUGGAUAGGAAUAGGUAUGUUUGUUUCAAAAGAACAAUGACGCCAGUGUCC